AUGUCUUUAAACGAAAUAAUACCAUUACCCUCAUUACAGCAAAAAUUAAGAGAUGCAGGUUACGACAAUUUAGAAGAAAUAAAAAGAGAAAGCGUUUAUAAUCUAACACGAAAACUUCAGCUAAACAGAGAAGAAGUGAAAAUAUUAAUAAAGAUUAGUGAUAAAGAAACCAAGCUGAAGAGAACCUUUGCUGAAUUGCUUACUGCGGAAAAGAAAUAUAGUAUAUCAACAGCUUCAAAAAACUUUGAUAAAUUAUUAGGAGAUGGUAUACCGCCUUUUAAAAUAACUGAAAUUUGUGGUGAAUCAGGCUCAGGGAAAACACAACUCUGUAUGCAACUUGCUAUAAAUGUACAGUUAUCCCAAAGUGAAGGCGGUGUUCACGGUGAAUGUAUUUAUAUUGAUACUGAAGGGUCAUUUCAAUCUUCACGGAUUGUUAGUAUGGCUAGCAAUAAAUACGAUAUCGAAAAUAUAUUAAAGGGUAUUCAUUUAUUUCGAGUUCAUAAUCAUGCAGAGUUAAUUGCUUUGAUACGACAAUUACCAGAUAUUUUAAAGGAAUAUCCGAAUAUAAGACUGAUUAUAAUCGAUUCAAUUGCGUAUCAUUUUAGGCUAAAUACAUUGGAUUCUCGAACACGUAUUUCUAUAUUGGAUUAUAUAGCACAAUCAUUGAUUGAAAUAGCUCAUAUUCAUACUUUAGCUGUAGUUGCUUCAAAUCAUGUUACCACAGAUGGAACAGAUAUUACAUGGACACCUUCAUUAGGUUCUUCAUGGGGGUAUUGGUGUGCUAAACGUUUAUUUUUAUUUCGUAAGCGUGAAUUUCGUUAUGGCUAUUUGUAUAAAUCUGUAGAAAAUGCUGGAAGUCAGCCAGCACAAUUCUGCAUCAAGUCAGAAGGUAUAGUUGAUCCAGAAGAAGAUGAGGUUGAAAUACCAAAGUUAGAAAAUAAAAUACAGGAAGAAUUGAAUGAUAAAAUUGAAUCAACUUGGGAAGAAAUGAAGAACAUAGAAAUUAAACAAGAAGACGAUUUUUGGAAUGAAGAUAUUUUGUCACAAAUAGCUGAUAAAACUGAAGCAAUCAGUAAUAAUAAUAAAAACUUGGCUUUAACGAAGCCCUCAGCUCAAGAGAAGACGACGGAGGAAAAGGAAUUGAUGAGUUCAUCAUCACAAUUAGCUAUAAGUUCCAUUUCGUCUUUAUCGUCUGAAGAAAAUAUAUCUGAUACGUCAGUUCAUGAUAUAAAUCAAUAUAAAGUGCCUAAGAAUACAGUAAAUGUAAAUGAAAAAAGGUUAUGCGAUAUAUCUGAUUCUGACAGUGCAGUAUUGAAAAAGAUUAAAACUACAAAUGAUACACAUAACAUGAAUCUAGUUGAUGAUCAUCAUAAUGAAAGCACAGCCAACGAUAACCAAAGUCAGCAAGAGCUGCUUUCAGUUGAAUUAACACCCACUUCUUCUUAUAAAAAACUAAAAGAAAACUUUGCAAAAGAUUGUCAAAGUGAUUCAGAAGAAGAACUGGAUUUGGACUUUAUAAUGAAUGCAGAAAGUUAUUUUUAA